GCACAAUUUGAGAAAUCAACGUGUUGAUGCUAACACGUCAUUAUUGGGAAAUUUGUGUGACCUUAUUUGUAAGAAAAUAAAGAAUGCGUUGUUGCAGUGGAACAGAAGAGGUCAGUGUUUGUGAAAGGGUCUGGUGCUCAGAUGUGUUUCCCACCCAGUCUGAGCAAUCAUAAAACAAGAGGAUUUCCUGUAACUGGGGAGUUGUGGUAGUUUACUCAGUGCUGCUGCUGUCGUACCGAGGUGCAGCUUCAGCUGUGGAAUCAGCUGCGAUACGGUACAAAGUUCACCCUCCAUGCAGGUCAAAAUGAAGGGUGUGCAUGGUUAUUGUUGGCUCUUUUUGGCCCUUCUUGUGAGCUGUUCAGAACAAGCUAAGCCACAAGGCCCCUCUUCUCAAGGAACAGACUGCACACAGAUUAAGACUAAAUCACCUCGAGCAACAAGUGGAGAAUAUUUCAUCAAGCCUUCUGGAGCGAAGACCCCCUUCAAGGUCUACUGUGAGAUGCUUUCAGAUGGUGGCUGGACUGUGCUUCAGAGACGUAGUGGAGGAGAGGUGUCCUUCCAAAGAAAUUGGGAUGCAUAUAAGAAUGGAUUUGGAAACCUGACACAGGAUCACUGGCUUGGUUUGGAGAUGGUUUAUACUCUGACUGAUACGAGAAUCAAGAAGUGGACUUUGAGAGUUGACCUGUGGGACUUUGAAAAUGGCACCGCCUACGCAGAGUACCAAAACUUCAAACUGGAAAAUGAGAAAUCAGCUUUCAAACUACAUGUUGGGAAAUACAGUGGAAAUGCAGGUGAUGCCAUCCGUGGAACCUAUUCUGGCAUGGAUGAAAAUGGCUAUGGCUUUAGCACCGUCGACCGGGACAAUGAUGGCUGCUCUCCAUGUAUCUUCGGUGACAUCGCUGAAUCACAGUGUGCCUUUUCAGAAGGUGGUGGUUGGUGGUACAGCAAAUGUGGCUCUGCUGCUCUAAACGGGGUGUGGCAUCCUUUUAAUCAACACAUUGGCUGGGCUUCAGGCCUCCACUGGCUCACCUGGAAACCUCCUGCACCUUAUUCCGCCAAGGCCUGCAGAAUGAUGAUCAAGUCUGGGUGAAUGACUCAGAACAACAAAGAUAAACCCCACUUUUUAAGAUGAUGUAUUUGUUACUGAUAUGCUUGGACAUAUGAAGGAAAAGUGUUGGAUAGAGAAUGUGAAAAAUUAGAAUUACUCCCCUGAUUUGUGCCUACUACCCCCAGAUGCAAUUUACCUGUAUAUUCAUGUUUCUGAUUUGUUGGGAGUUUUUCAUGCGAGUUGUCAGUCAGAGGAAAAAGGAUAAAGAAUAUGUCACAGUGAGGUUCUAGAAGGGUAGGUUUUAUUUGUGAACCAGCAUUAUUAACAACAUUAUUUGACUCAGUAUUUGAAUGCUUUCUCCAUUGGGCUGUAUGUCAUCUGGAUUACUGUGUGACACAGUUGUAGCCAUAAUGUGGUAGAAAAAUGUAGUGACAUGACUAUAGGUGCCUCAGAACACAUGUAGAAAAGAACACCAGUCUAUCCACUCCCUGAUACCAGGAUAACCUGUUCAUCAAAAGAUACAGCCUCCUGCUCUGAUAACGCUGGUGUCCUUUUACCAUUGAGAAACUGUGCAUGUGUUUUCUAGCUAUCUUAAAUCAUAUGUCACUCGCCACUGGUGUUUUCUGCUUAACAUUUCUUAAAUGUUAAAAUAAAACUCAACA